GACUCUUUCUUCCUUCCAUUACUGGCUCAUCCAUUCCGGCCUCCAACCCAACUACCAAGAACAAAACCUAGGGCGAUUCUGCCUCCGAUCGAAUCGAUCCACCACUCUACCAGCCUUCUCCGAUCCAACAAACGAAGCAUUCGCACCCAAGUGUUGAGGUUGGAGCUGACACCCCCGCCGGCGGCCGGUCCAAGAUAUAUAGUGGGCGAUCAAGGAAAUUCCAUGGCGCCCGUGAUCCCGGGCGAGGAGCAGGAUCAGAUCGCCAUCCCCGUCGACGAAGAGACCGCCCACGAGAUUAGCGUCGAUCCAUGGUACCAGGUGGGAUUCGUGCUCACGACGGGGGUGAACAGCGCUUACGUGCUGGGCUACUCCGGGUCGGUGAUGGUGCCCCUGGGCUGGGUGGGCGGCACCGUAGGGCUCCUCCUCGCUGCCGCCGUGUCCAUGUACGCCAACGCACUCCUCGGCCGCCUCCACCUCCUCGGCGGCAAGCGCCACAUCAGGUACAGGGACCUCGCCGGGCACAUCUACGGGCGGAAGAUGUACGGGCUCACCUGGGCGCUGCAGUACGUCAACCUCUUCAUGAUCAACACGGGGUUCAUCAUACUAGCAGGACAGGCACUUAAGGCAUUGUACCUGCUGAUCAAGGACGACGGCGCCAUGAAGCUGCCCUACUGCAUCGCUGUAUCCGGAUUUGUGUGUGCGCUCUUCGCCUUCGGGAUCCCCUACCUGUCGGCGCUGAGGAUCUGGCUGGGUUUCUCCACGGUGUUCAGCCUCAUCUUCAUCGUGGCGGCGUCCGUGCUCUCUCUCAGGGACGGUGUGCGCUCGCCGCCCCGGGACUACAGCAUCCCUGGUGAUGGGCCGGACAGGGUGUUCACCACCAUCGGCGCGUCGGCGAGCCUGGUGUUCGCGUACAACACCGGGAUGCUGCCAGAGAUCCAGGCCACCAUCCGGCCGCCCGUGGUGAAGAACAUCGAGAAGGCGCUCUGGUUCCAGUUCACCAUCGGCGUCGUGCCCAUCUACGCCGUUGUCUUCAUCGGAUACUGGGCCUACGGCAACGAAACCUCCAGCUACCUGCUCAACAGCGUCAACGGACCCGUCUGGGUCAAGGCGGUUGCCAACCUCUCUGCCUUCCUCCAGACCGUCAUAGCCCUGCAUAUCUUCGCGUCGCCCAUGUACGAGUACCUGGACACGCGGUUCGGGAGCAGCGAGGGAGGCCCCUUCGCGUUCCACAACGUGAUGUUCAGGGUCGGGGUCAGGGGAGGGUACCUGACGGUGAACACGCUGGUGGCGGCGAUGCUGCCGUUCCUGGGGGACUUCAUGAGCCUCACGGGGGCGCUCAGCACCUUCCCUCUCACCUUCGUGCUCGCCAACCACAUGUACCUCGUCGCCAACAGGCACCGCCUCUCCUCGCUCCAGAAGUCAUGGCACUGGCUCAACGUAAUCGGCUUCACCGUCCUCGCCAUCACCGCCGCCGUCGCCGCGCUCAGGCUCAUCGCCAAGGACUCCAAAACAUACCAUAUCUUUGCCGACGUCUGACUGCUCUGCUCUGAUGCGUCUGCUACUGAUAUUGCAAGCUAGCUGCUUCUGCGAGGAUAGUUUCUCCUUCUUCAAUGAGGCUGAGGCACCUAGCUGUAUGAUGUAGCAUAUAUCAAGCAACCCUUGCCUCCAUUUCGCGCUUCCAUUAACUAUCGUGUUAGCGACAACAAUAGCUAGCGGAUUGCUACCACUGGUAUAGUACUACAGAGUAUUAUUGCAUACUGCUCUGUUACUUGAUCAGAAUGGCCGAGCUUGAUUUUUCA